AGUUCAUGUGCUCAUCUUUUUCCAGAGGUCUCCGGGCGCGCAAAUUUUUACUGGCUGGAAUCUCGUGCGGUUCCCCGAAAGAUUCGUUAAACCGUCAACGCGUAACCAUGGCGGACAUUGAAAUUCCUGACGCCAUCGAGAAGUCUACUGAGGAAUUAUUGGCUGAACUGGACGAAGGUCCUGCGCCAUCCGCCGUGGAAACCGCUGAGGACAAAAAGAAGAAGCAUCACAAGCGAUCACGCGUCGGAUCUGGUGGUGAUUCGUCAGAGAUGGUCGCGGUUCCGAAUCACCAUGCAUCUCAGCCGAAGUUGGAAUUGAAAUACGGCAAGAACUCGCGGCGAUCAAGGAACAUUCAGAGACGAGGCGCCCCGAAAAAGGGUGGUGCUGGAGGAAAAGGUGUAUGGGGUCUCCCUGGACUCUCAGAACUCAAUGAGCCCGAAGAAAUCGACAGAAAUGAUCCGAACUUUGAUCCUGACGCAGUUGACGCCGCUAACGUGAAAGUUGCAGUUAUCGUUCCGGAGAAGACCGAGGAAGAAUUCCGCGCCUUCGCUGAACCGAUUUUCCAAGAGUAUUUUCUAAGUUCCGACACCGAAGAAGCCAUUAAUUCAAUUCUGGAGACGAACUUGGCUGGAAAUCGGCACGUGGUCGUCAUGUUGAUGAUAGAGAUGGCGAUGGAGCACAAAGCGAGUCACCGAGAACUGGCUUCUGAAUUUUUGUCUGAGUCAUAUCGGAGGCUUUGCUAUCCCAAAGACUAUGCUAAAGCUUUCGAUGAGCUGCUGAAGAACUUGCCGGAGCUUGUGUUGGACACACCAGACGCUGCGAAUGUUCUCGGCAAAUUUCUGGCCAGAUGCAUUGCUGACGACUGUCUCCCUCCUGCGUUUCUCAAUGGUUACAAGGGCAAAGUCGAAUGUGAACACGCUCGGACCACACUCAAUCUUGCGAAUACGCUCUUGGUCAUGAAACACGGCAUGUCGCGUCUGGACACCAUCUGGGGCCAGUGCGGUCCAACCAGACCCACGAAAUCGCUGACCAGGCAAAUCAUUAUGUUCCUCAAAGAAUACCUCGACUCGGGUGACAUUCAAGAGGCUCACCGUUGCUUGCUUGAACUCGAAUCCCCUCAUUUUCACCACGAAGUCGUCUACGAGACGGUGAUACUUGCAUUGGAGAGUCUAUCGGAGUCAGUUGAGGAUCGACUAUUGAAGUUGAUGAAGUACUUCGCGGACGCUGUUGUCAUCACUCCAGAGCAAAUUAAAAACGGAUUUUUCAGGGUUUUUGAUGAGAUGCCGGACAUUUGCCUGGAUGUUCCCCCGGCUUACGUGUGCCUUGAGCGAUUUGUGACCAAGUGCGACCGGGAUAAAAUCGCGCCAAGGGAUGUCGUUACUCGGCUUCCUUCUCGCGGACGGAAACGAUUUGUCUCCGAAGGCGACGGUGGAUUGCUGAAGGGUUUGGAUUACAUUUCGCCUUAUGUGUGAAGACCGAAGGAGUGAAUUGAAGUGCUACAAAGAUAUCUUUUCUCUCGUUACGGUGUCGUAUGGUUUUCCGAGUCAGCGUUGGGUGUAAGGAUUGCAGUGGCUGGCUGUCCAGUAUUCCUGUCGAGGCUCGGCUCAAAACAAUAACGAAACUGCCUCAACUCAUUCCUGUUUGUUGAAACUUUCUUGAAAAAAAAAAAAAAAAAGAAGACAGCUCAAAACUUGGUACAGUUAAGA